AUGGCGACCCUCACUGUAUCUGAGAAGCCCAAGGAAUGCGAUGCACGCCCGGUCCCUGCGGAUAUGGUCGACCUAGAGCCCGUGACGGAGAAAGGUUUCGCUAAUCCUACUAAAUUCUCGACGAAACGAAAACUUCAUAUCGUGCUCGCCGGCAUUCACUUCGUGUUCAACAGCUCGUUGGGGUCCUCUCUUCCCUCCGGUGCCCACGAUGCUCUGGCUGAGUAUUUCGACAUUCCCAGCGACAGCCUGAAGAUGGUUCUUCCGACGUCGUUGUAUAUGGCCGGCUUCGCCAUCGGGCCCGUUAUCUUUGGUCCGAUGAGCGAGUACUUUGGUCGGAGAUCGGUAUUACUCACCACGUUCACCAUGUAUCUCAUCUUCACCAUGGCCUGCGCAUUGGCGCCCAAUUUCCCGGCACUGUUGAUCUUCCGGUUUCUUUGCGGACUGGGAGGGUCGGCGCCCAAUGCCGUCCUGGGCGGCCUGUACUCGGACAUCUACGACAACCCGCACCAGCGCGGCGUGGUGAUGGGCUGGUUCAUGUUCGCAACGACGUUCCCGCCUCUUCUGGGGCCUAUCAUCUCGGGUUUCGUGUCGACCGUCUCGUGGAGAUGGACCUUUUGGGCAGGACUCAUCAUCGCAGGCGUGGGAUAUCCGCUUCUAGUCACCAUGCCGGAGACGUACAUGCCUGUGUUAAUUCAGCGGUACGAGAAAUCUCUGCUGCGCGAUGAGGAGAAGUUGUCGGCAUGGGAGGAGAUCCGUGUGCAGACGCACGAGUUCUCGCAGAAGAUGGGCUCGGUGUUGAGCCGGCCGUUCGUUAUGAUCACGCGAGAGCCGAUCGUGUUCUGCUGCUCGUUGUAUCUUGCCCUGAUCUACUCCAUCCUGUACCUGUACUUUCAGGCAUACCCGAUUGUGUUCCAGCAACUCUACGGUCUAUCAGCCGGUAUCACCGGACUCGGCUUCCUCCCUAUCCUCCCCGGCUCGAUCCUCGCCUUCAGCGCCUUCGUCCUCUACUCAAAACACCACACCAAAGCCACCCUCCAAGGCAAAUCCUGGACCCUCGUCGAAGAAUACCGCCGCCUCCCGCUCGCCUGCCUCGGCGCACCCACCAUCCCCAUCGCCCUCUUCUGGCUCGGCUGGUCCGCCCGCCUCUCCAUCCACCCCGUCAUGCCCAUGAUGUCCGGCGUGUUCUUCGGCUUCGGCUACCUCCUCAUCUUCAUGGCUCUGAUCAACUACCUCACCGACGCGUAUAAACAGUUCUCGGCCUCCGCUGCCGCCGCGGCGAGUACGCUGCGGUCUAUCUUCGCUGUGUGUUUGCCGCUUGCGACGACGCCGAUGUAUACCAAGUUGGGUAUUGAUUGGGCGAGUUCCCUGUUGGGGUUCUUUGCGAUUGCGGUGGCGGUGAUCCCGUUUGUUUUUAUUCGCUAUGGGGAGUGGAUUCGCGGGAGGAGUAAGUUUGCGCAGGCGGCGGCGAAGGGGGAGGUUGAUUUUAGGAAGGGUUGA